CUCUCCCCGGCUCGGCACAGACGCGAUUUUCUCCUACGCAGUUCACAUGCGAUCGAUCGAUAUGGACCUGAUCCAACCCCAAAAAAGAAGAAGAUCUGAUCCGGUUCUGGCCAUGGCGGCCUCGAGCCCGGAGUGGUCGAGCCUCCUGCCGGAUCUGCUGGGCCAGGUGAUCGCCCGCCCCCCGCACAUCGCCGACCGUGCCCGCUUCCGCGCCGUCUGCCGCUCGUGGCACUCGGCCGUGCGCCUGCACGUCUCCCCUCGGCGGCGGCUCCCAUCGGUCGUCCUUCUCGACGGCACCUUCCUGACGCUCUCGGACGGCGGCAUCCACCGCGCACCCUUCGGCAAUAACACAGAGUGUGUUGGCUCUACUGGCGACUGGAUCGCCCUCGACUGUAAAGACGGGGCUACGCAGACACACACAUAUAGGCUUUUCUGUAGUAUGUUUGAACUAUUGUUUUGGCUGAUGUGCAAAUUGUGUUGCUUAUCAGUUGAUGAGGUGAUGCAUCAGGUUCCGGAGGAAUUCCAGAUCCGCAAGGUAGUCAUGCGGUCGACACCCCAAGACCUUGUCGCCGUCACGUGUAAUGCAUGGAAGUACCCUCUGAUUCUAUGCCGACCUGGGAAAGGAGUCUGGGUACCGAGGCUAUUGGCCAUGCCCUACUUUUGUAUCUGUGACAUUAUGUUUUCUGGAGACAACAAGCUCUAUGCGAUCACCAAGGCCGAGGACCUUUUUGCACUACAUCUUGCUGAGGACGAUGAUGGCAAGCCCAUUGUUACCAAUGUCAAACGGAUCAUCAGGCAUGCUCCCGGCCACGAGGACGAUAUGUAUGACGUCGGCAUGUGGAAGAGGUUGACCGACAUCGAUUCGUCAAGUGACGAGGACUCUGAGGAAGACUCGGAUGAUGAGGCAUUGGGUGGAGAGGACAACAACGAAGUGUUGAGUCAAGAAGACGCUCACGAUGAACUGGUCGGUGGUGAUAGUGACACGAAACACUUAGCUUUCAUGGAAGAGGAUACUUUUUCUGAAUGUGAAGACGGUGUGAGAGAAGGGUGGGACGCCGUCCACACCAGCCGGCACCUUGUCAGGUCACAAGGUAAACUACUCAUGAUUAAGCGAGAACGACUAAUUGCAGCCUUGACUCCAACUCACCACACUCGCAAGGUCGAAGUGUUUGAGGCGGACAUGGAUGCAUGUGCAUGGAUACCCACGAGCAGUAGGUUCGGUGACGGCAAGGCAAUAUUCAUCGGCUAUUGCUUCAGCAACAUAGUUCCUGCUUGCGGAGAAGUGGAAGAGGAUGUCAUUUAUUUCCCCGAUACUAAUGAUGUACUCCCUCCGUUCCAAAAAGCAUUUAUAACCUAA